UCAGUGCUUGAAUUGUUUUAAAUUUCUUUGUUAUAUUGGAAGGCCAUCUAACCAAAUUUAAUUUGAGUCUUUAGAUAGCUUUAUUUUCAUUUAAACAUAUCUCAUGCAUUGAACAUAGGAAGUCACAAAUUUACAUGUUCUAUUUUAAACUUUUAAAACGCAGGAUGAAGACACUGUUUGAAGAGAUCAAAGCAUCAAUUAAAAAUAACUAUAACCAAGAUCGCUCGUUCUGGAGGCCUGUUCUUCCUUGGGGAGGUGUUUUUACUAUCAAAGCUGGCCGCAAAGCAGUGUCCUGUACACCACUCUAUGUUGAAAUAAGACUGAAAAAUACCUGCACCAUAGAUGGAUUCUUGAUGUUAUUAUAUGUCAUUCUUAAUGAAAACGAAAAUUUCCCCAGGGAACUUGCUCUUCAUUUAGGUCGAGAGUUUGUAGACUGUUUUCUUUAUUUAAUGGACACCUACAGUUUUACAACUGUGAAGCUACUUUGGAUUUGGGACAAGAUGGAAAAACAGCAAUACAAAUCUGAAGUUCACAAAGUUUCAUUGAUAAUUGAUUUGUUUGGGAAUGAGCAUGAUAAUUUUACAAAAAAUCUCGAAAAUCUCAUGUCUACCAUACAAGAGAGUUACUGUUCCAACUGGCGAUGCCCAACUCGAGUGCAGGAAGAUCAGCAGCGCACAAUUAAUAUAAAUCCUCCCCAAGAAAUCCCACAUGGAAACUUGAUACGACUGGCUGUGGAUGAGUUAUUCUGUUCCAGGAUUGAACUGUGUGAAGAGCGUGGGUGUGGUGGCUUGAGAGAAUUUUCCCAGCGAGUUUUCUGCCACGGGGCACCCCCUUUUGUUGUCUUAAAUAUGCAGCAUUGGAGAUCUGAAGAUCUGGCAUAUGUACCCUAUUACUUGGAUUUAUCUGAUCACAAGUAUUUGUUGGAAGGUGCCACGUUAUUUAACAAAGAGGAACAUCAUUACUCUGCAGCUUUCCAGAUUGAUGGACAUUGGAUGCACUAUGAUGGCCUCAGAAAUGUGAAUUUAAUUUUGUUAAAUAAACCCCCAGAGUUUCUCCUCUUGUCAUCAUUGGUUUAUAUUCGAGCAACAGAGAAAUAAAUCUAGACUGAUGCUAAAUUACAUUGUUUUCCCUCCUGCCCAUGCUCCCCAGAUGAAGGGCUUUUAUUUUGUAUAUACUUGGUAUCCAAGGAAAUGGUUCAACUACACUAGUUUCAGAGGUGUAUUUUCCAGUGUUUACCCCAGGUAAAUGUUUUAUAUAGAGAAUCUAUGCAAAAUGUUUGUAUUUUUUUUUUCUAUAUCCUGGGUUAUUUUUAUACAAGCAUAUUUUAUGUUGAAAUAAAAUAUAUCUUGUAGCUUUUGUAUUUUUUAUUUAUAUGUACCUGGAAGGUUUUUUUACAAUUCUGUCUUUGAAUCCAAAAAAAUACUUUGUCAUUCGAAUUCUCAAGUUUUCUUUUUGGAUAUCCAAAUAAAGCAGGGGUACCAGUGAGUAUUUCAGUUUAUGUAAAUUUAACAGUUCCAAAGGUUUCUGACUAUAUUUCUUUGCCCUACCUCACUAUAAUCCAAAGUGCACUGUUGGAUCUAGUAUGGAUUUGAAUGUACAGCUUAUAAAUGGCUUAGUCUAUUUUAUCUGUUGAUUUGCCUAAUUUCCUUGUAGCAGUUUU